AGCAUGCCUCAGUACAAGCUGACGUACUUCAAUCUGCGAGGACGAGCAGAAAUCAGCCGCUACCUGUUUGCCUAUUCAGGCAAGAAGUAUGAAGACCACAGGAUAGAAGCAGCAGACUGGCCCAAAAUCAAACCAACUAUCCCAUUCGGCAAAAUCCCCAUUCUGGAAGUAGAUGGAGUUACCAUUCACCAGAGCCUGGCAAUAGCAAGAUACCUUGCCAGAGAAUCAGGUCUGGCAGGUCAGACUCCUGUGGAACAGGCCCUAGCUGAUGCCAUUGUGGACACUAUUGAUGAUUUCAUGACACUGUUCCCUUGGGCAGAGAAAAACCAGGACGUGAGAAAACAAGCAUUCGAUGAUAUCCUCACAAACAAAGCACCCGAGUUACUGAAAGACUUGGAUACUUUCUUAGGGGAUAACACCUGGCUGGUAGGGAAGUCUGUAACAUGGGCAGAUUUCUACUGGGACGUGUGCAGUACGACACUUCUGUCCUGCAAACCUGACCUGGCAGACAACUACCCCAGGCUGUUGGCUCUCAGAGACAGAGUGCAAGCACUUCCAGCUAUUGCAGCCUGGAUCCAGAAAAGACCUAAGACUAUAAUGUAGAUCAGCUUUUUAGACUGGAAAAUACAAAUGCAUGUUUAGUUUUCAACAUGACAAACAUGCUAAGUUAUUGAUUUUAGAAUCAUUUAAAUGAAUCUCAGAUGGGUAUGCUAUGCCAAAUCAAAAUCUACCACUUGUAUC